CUUUCACUCGUCCUGCGAUACUCCUACUCAAUUUUGCUUUCUUCCCUCCUCUCCCUCCUCUCCCUUCUCCCCCUUCUCAUAUCCCCCCCCCUUCUUCCUUGCUCACCAUCUGUUGUUUCUUUCACCAAAAGUCCAAUUGCUCCCGGAUUGGGCCAUCAUGGUGAAUUUCCGUUCAUUGCUGGGCACCGGUAAUGGUGCUGGGCGGGGUGCCACUGAGGAUUUGAGGGAGCAUUUAUUGCCUACGCAUCGGGGGGACCAUUUUCACGCAUUGGUACCGGCAAAAAGGGUUACCAAAGCUGCAUUGAGACUUAAAUUCCUCAUCGAAGCCGCGGUUCCUUGUGAACUAAAAGAAACGCACAUCACGCGCCCUCACUCGCAGAUCAUAACCAAGCAAGUGGUUCUUCUUGCUCAGGAGGCUGCUGGCGAUGAGGACAGAGCAUGUAUUGUUUACUGUCUCCUUGUCUGUCUCCGCUGGUUCAAGCGACAAGCUCGGUUGGAGAUGUACGAUGCGGGCUUGUACUUGCUGAGAGCCGAGGCUUGUCAGGUCAUUGCCAAGCGUAUUAUCGAGGACAUUUCGGAGAAUGAGUACUUGUUCCAGGAGGUGCUGCUUAAGAGGUACAGCAUUUUGAGAAACGGGCAGGAGAGUACGCCUGCUAACGCUGUUGAGCGAGCGGUGGACCUCCAUGCUACGAGAGUGAUUGGGUCUUCAGGUUACCAGAAGUGCAUCAACUAUCUUUGGAGAGGUUGGGUUGCCCAGGAUCUAAACGAUCCAACUCAAUUCUGUGCCUACAAAAACAUUGCUGAAAGGGGUUUUUGGAUCCAUUUCGACCAUGACCGUCUCCGAACUCCUAAAUACCAAAAUGCCUUUCAAGUGCUCAUCUCGGUGAUUUACUUGAUCUUAUACACUGUUGCUAUCAAUACCGUUAACCCCACUGGCGACAUCGAUGUCGAAGAAGCUUGUCUUUACCUUUUUACUGCGGCCUUCAUAGCAGACGAAAUGACCAAGUUCUGGAAGGUUGGAAGGUUUUACCUUACCUUCUGGAAUACCUUCAAUUUAACUCUCUACUCGGCCCUCAUCGUAUCCUUUGCGCUCAGGAUGGUUGCUAUGUCUAAGCCUGUGGGCAGUGAUGAACGAGGGCAUUGGGAUCUCAUGUCCUACAAUUGGCUGGCCUUUGUGGCACCGAUGUUUUGGGCACGGAUGCUACUAUUCUUGGAUACAAUCAAGUUCUUUGGAGCUAUGCUGGUCGUCUUAAAGGUCAUGAUGAUGGAAAGUUUGAUCUUCUUUGCACUUCUCGUGGUCAUUAUUACUGGGUUCCUCCAGGGGUUCAUUGGCCUGGAUAACGCGGAUAAUAAGAAGGAUGCUUCCUUUUUUAUUCUCAAGUCUAUGACAAAGGCCAUCUUGCAGAGCCCCGAGUUUGAAGGGUUUGACAACUUUGCGCACCCAUUUGGAAUUGUUCUCUAUUAUCUAUUCACUUUCGUGGUGAUGGUCAUUCUCCUAAACGUCCUUAUCGCGUUGUACAACCAAGCGUACACAGACAUCACCGAGAAUGCCGUUGAUGAAUACUUGGCGCUGUUUGCGGGCAAAACUCUACAAUUCGUUCGUGCACCGGAUGAGAACGUGUUCCUUCCUCCGUUCAAUUUGAUCGAGAUAUUCUUCCUGGUUAUACCUUUUGAGUGGUGGAUGGAAAGGAGAAAGUACCAAAAACUCAAUGACUACGUUAUGACGGUCUUGUACAGUCCUUUUAUGCUCCUUAUUGCAUUCCUUGAAUCAAGAGAAGCUCGCCGUGUUUCCAGGAACAGGGCAAGAGGGGAGCAAGACGAUGACGCUAUCGAAGAAUGGGAAGAGAUGCUGGAGGAUGAUAUCCUGGGUGGAGGAUGGUCCGAAAAGGUUGAAAAAACGGUUCCUAACAUCGAGGAAAAUCCAACUAUUCUCGAGAUUAAGGACUUGAGGUCUCAUCUCGAUGAAGUGACUUCUGGUCUGGGGACACGCGAUGUUAGUGGUAGCGCUGAUGAAUCUCCCUGAUAUAUAGUAGAGGCGGGGCAUGAGAAAGCUUGAUAUAGUAUGGGUCAUAUGUUCACAACUUUCCUUAUCCUUUCUUGAGCAAAGCAAUGUCUGGGAUUUUCAUAUUCUCUUA